UCUCUCUCUCUCUCUCUCAUUUUCUCUCUCUCCGUCACUCUCUUCCACCUCUCACUCGCCAAUACCACAGCUCUUCGGUUGGCAACCAACUAGAGCAUUGUGUCUUCCUGGCGCGGGGUGAGAGAAAAGAAGGAAGAGACAGAAGAAGAGAGAAGAAACGAGGGGAACGAGCAUGCCAUUCCCAGCGUCUCCUGAAGCUUUGAAGUCUUUUUGGUUCCACAUCACGGGAUAAAAAGAAGCGUCCAAUACGACUUGUCAUUUCUUUCCAAAGAUUUUCUCUGCCCACAUCUUGGCGGAACGAGGGGUACUUUGGUUCCAGUCCAUUUUCAAGAAGGUCUUUAAAGACAUCCUACCGAAACAUCCGACUCGUUCUUAUCUGACAGCGUUGUGGGACGUCACAGGGAGAACGUGUAUGGUUGACAAACACUGGCUGGGACUCUCGUGGUGUUUGUAUGGGACCUGUUAGGUCACCAAGCACGAGGUUGAGACCCAGACGACUCGCAGGCUCUCAGACGACGACACAACCUGACAUGUGCACCGAUUUCAGGCUGUCGUGGGGAACCCUGACACUCGCAGUGGCCACGCUGGUUACCAUCCUGCACUGAUUUUUGCAACUAUUCCAAUUUCCAUACACCUUGGACAAGGAAAGAGAAAAUAAAAGGUGCUUUUUUACUAGUCAUCAAAGAAACACGUACAUUCGAACGGACAGAUAGCCGGCCAGACCCAUAUAGGGUCAGGAGGGACACAUUCAAAGACAGAUGCAUGCUGGGAAAAAGACUGCCAUUCAACCAAUCCAAGGAAAGGAGAGCCAGAAGCCACUAAACACUCUACUGAAUUCUGGGGACCGCAUCAUUGAUGUGAACAUCGACCAUCCACCCAUUGUCAGAAAGUGAGUGAGGCGAUGAAUGCAAGCUCACACUCACCCACUCGAAAACACUCAAACCACCUCCAAAACACGCUCAAACACAUAAACCCACACAGUACAAGGCACACCUCAUAAUAAGGGGGUAAUGAAACUGAACCAAAUAGGACCUGGGAUUAACCAAAGCCUCGGCCGAGACACAGACACCCUGCACUGGGCAAGAGGAGCAGCAGACAAGCUCGUGUCUGGAGGUCCCCAGACCAAUAAAAGGAUUUUUACUGGAGAGAGAGGAGUGGCGCAGUAAGGACUCCGAGGUUUUGGAGAGGUCUAAAGGGCUGGUAGCAGCUGGUAAACACACACACACACCACACACACACACAUGCAAAAACACUUGACGAAAGAAACGCACGCACACACGCUGGGGGAGAACGACCCCACGGCAGAGAGGGAGGGGGGAGCCGGGUGCCCAGAGGGGGCGAUGAUGGAGAAGGUGAACCCCGCCGGCCUGGUCUCACCCCCGGACCCUCCGCCCUCCUCCUCCUGCUCCUCCUCGUUCACCUCGGAGCAUCCGAGCCCCGGGGAUCACCCCGCCUCGCCGGCGGACGCCAAGAGCCCAUUGGUUAACGAAGCGGGGCGCCGGGGAGACACGGACGCCAGCAGCCCCCCGCCACUUUCCACCGCCUCGAAGCCCGAUGGCGCACCUGAGCCGGUCGCCGUGGAAACGGAGGGCGAAAUGCGCGGGGGGGGAGUCGCGGACGGCGGCGCCUCCUCCCCGCCCCCCCCUCCUCCCUGCACCCAGGUCCACCGUGUCCCAGACGAUAUCCGCCCCCUCCUCCUCCUCUUCCUCCUCCUCCGUCGCCCUCCUCCCGCCUCACAUCCCUGUCAUCAGCCUGGGCCACAGCAAGCCCCCCCUGCCCCUCCACAACACCCCCCUGACCGCCCUCCACCCCAUCCCCACCAUGCCCCCCCACGGGGACAUCCGCCUCACCCAGCUUACCUCCAUCACGGGGGGGCCUCCGGGACCCCCUCACCCCCCUUCCUCCGGACACCUGCUACCCCACCAGUACCUGCCCGCUCAUCCUUUCUUCAGCAGUUCAUACCUGGGUGCAGCCGGUAACUAUGGUAUCUUCACCAACAGUCGCAUAAAAAGAAGACCCUCUUCACACUUUGAGAUGGAGAUCAAUGACGGCCCCCCUCAGAAGCUGGCUCGGCGUGUGUUCACCAACAGCCGGGAGCGCUGGCGGCAGCAGAACGUCAACGGGGCGUUCUCAGAGCUCCGCAAGCUCAUCCCCACCCACCCCCCCGACAAGAAGCUCAGCAAGAACGAGAUCCUACGAUUGGCCAUGAAGUACAUUAACUUCCUGGUCACCCUCCUCAACGACCAGCAGGCCAGCGACAAGACCAGGGGCUCGCCUGAUGACGAGGCCCAGGACGGGAGCUCCGAUGACGGGUCCAACGACAAGGAGCUGCACCCCCUCUUCCAGCGUGACAUCCGGCCUCCGUCCCAGCCGGCACUGGCCACAGCGCUUAGGGACAGAGACUCGACAGAUUCUGUCCUCGCCCUGGCAACCUCACCGGCGACCUCCAGUUGCUAUGGUGACACGGACAGCGAGGAGAGCUUUGGGGCCAAGAACUCGGUGGUGACCAGAGGCAUUCUGGGAAACGUCAAGAGUCAGAUGAGGACGAUUGCAGCUGCUAACGACCAGCGGUGACGGCACAAGUUCGGACAAAAUGAAGUAGUACAUUCAUUCGCCAAACUGACAGAACGGAUACUGAACUGACAACUACCAAACUUUUCGUCCAGUUUGAUGCUUUCUUGCGAACGUGGUUUCUUCUCCUGCAGAUCGAAGCUUCAAGGUCAGCUUCGAGUUUGAAGGAUGAACUUGAUGGGUUUUGUUCGUGUGAGUUUUUGUAGUUUCGCAUCAACGUCUCUUGGUCACUGUUUUGGUAAGGUUUUGGCUUUGUGAGCCCCUGAGAGUUAGAUGGGGCUUUGUGGGAAAUGUAUGCCUGUUCACCCAGGGACGUGUUCUGCAUGGUGCACUGUCCCACAAUGUUGCUUUGUUCAACUGCCUGACGUGUGUACAAUACAUAUCUAACAG